AUGAGUUGGAAAAGCGGAAAUAAUAGAAUUGAUAAUUUAAUUCAAUUAUUAAAAAUUAAUGAACCAAGUGAUACAAGAUUUGAAUGGAUACCAUAUGAUCAAUUUAAUAAAAUUAGAACUAUAGGCAAAGGUCAUUUUGUUACAGCAUAUUCAGCAACAUGGAAGUAUAAAGUUACUUUAUUAUGUUUUAGUGACUUACAAAGAUUUCUAGAUAAGGUUAAAGAAUUUGAGAAUGAUAGCCUCAAAUAGAUGGGCUAUCUCAAAAUUCAGAUAAAGAUUACAUUUUAGUUCUUCAAACAGAAGUUUCUAGGGAAUAUGGUAAAGUAUUCUGCAAAAAUUGUGGUGGAAAAUUUACUCAUAUAGGAUAUAUGUGGUGUAAGCCAUGUCAAAUAAAUAAAUCUACAAAAUGGACAAAUGGAAAUGAAAAACUUGUUAUUAGUUUAAUUCAAGAAAUGCAAUUAAGAAUUAAUUCUUGUUUUAAUAUAGUAUUUGAAUGGAUACCAUAUGAUCAAUUCAAUUACAUUAAGGAAAUAGGUAAAGGUGGAUUUUCUACAGUAUACUCAGCAAUAUGGAAAGAUGGUCCAUUAAAAUAUAAUGUUGAGGAGAAAAUAUAUACAAGGGUUUCAAACAAAAAAAUUGCUUUAAAAUGUCUGAAUAAUUCACAAAACUUAACUGACAAGUUCUUAAAUGAGGUUAAAGAAUAUUCAAUUAAUAAGAAAAGUGAUAUUCUCUAUGUAUAUGGAAUAUCACAAAACCCAAAUACAAAAGAUUUAAUUAUAGUUCUUGAGUAUGCAGAAGGUGGAAGUUAUUAUAAUUGGAUAAAUAACAAUUGUAAAAAUUUUGAUUGGAAAAAUAAAAUACAAACACUAAUAUAUAUCAUUGAAGGCCUUAAAGGGAUUCAUCAAAAUCAGAAGGUUCAUCAUGAUUUACAUCCUGGAAAUAUAUUAUUUUUAACAAAAAGUUUAAAUACUUUUAAUAGAAAAUCAUUAUUUAUAUCAGAUAUGGGAUUAUGUGAAGAUGUAAAUAAUGUAAGUGAGGUAAAAUCUUAUGGAAUUAUUCCUUAUAUGGCUCCUGAGGUGUUGAAAUAUGAAGCUUAUACUCAAGCAGCAGACAUAUAUAGCUUUGGUAUGAUUAUGUAUUUCACAGCAACUGGAAAACAACCUUUUGUAAAUUGUGCGCAUGAUUAUUAUCUAAUGUUAGAUAUAUGCAAAGGAAUUAGACCUGAAAUAAAUGAGUUGAAAGCACCAAAAUGUUAUAUUGAGUUAAUGAAAAGAUGUUGGAAUUCAAAUCCAGAUAAUAGACCAAAUGCUACUAAAAUACAUGAAUUGAUUGAAUCAUUCUAUGAUUCCUAUAAUUCAUAUAAAAAUGAUGAAUCAAAUGCAAUUAAAAUUAAAAAGCAAUUUAUAGAAGCAGAAAUUUACAGAAAAUCAUGCCUCUCUACUUUUAAGAAAAACAAACAACAUCCACAAGCUAUUUAUACAUCUCAGUUAGUACCUAAUUAUUUUAUGAAAGAGCUUCUAAAAUCUGAAUAUUUGAGUUGUGCAAUCUCUGAUUGAUUAUGUUAUUUAGCAAUCAUAUGGUAUUUAUCUUUCAAAUAUUUUUAUCAUGUUGGAAUAUAUAUUAAUUAGAUUUUCUAAACUCUUUGAUAUCUUAAUAUAAUGAAAUUUUAAAUACCAAUAGCAAGCUUAUUUUACAGAGUUAAUAACAUGCAUAGAUGCUCUUAAUGUUCUAUUUAAACAUCAACCUUCUUUUUCUUCUACUACUGACUCUGGUAAAUUAGAUUAUAAUUUUGAUAUUAUUUAUAAACAUUUUUCAUGUAGUUAGUUA